CGCAGCGCGCGGUCACUUCCUUCCACGGCCGGGAUGGGCGGCGCGGGACCGAGCGAGCGGCCCAGCGGCGGCCGGGUAACCCCUAUCUGAGCUGCGGCCGGGAGCUGCCCACCGCCGGGGCGUGCGAGCCUGGGGUCCCGGAGGCGCGGCGAUGACCUGAUCCUAAGCCCGCCAGGGCGCCCGUCCCUCGCUGCCCAGCUUGCUCGGAGCCUGUGCGGAGACCGGCUCGGUGCUGCGGCUCGGGCGCACGGUGGCGGGGAAGCUCCGGUGAAAGGCUUGUGGGCGCCGAGCUGGGGAGGACACCUUCGGCAGCUCUGCCUUUGGAGGGGCUUCUGUAAACUACUGAGUCAUUCCAGAUUUAGGAUUUCCUAAAUAAUCACCAACUGUGCCCGUCUCGUGCCGGAACGCAGGCAGUGAGAGCGGGAGCGCCCGCUCUCGGGACCCCGCGCAUUCCCGGGGUGCUUGGCCCUCGAGGAUCUCCCUCUCUCCCGUUGUCCCUCCCCCCUCCCUCGUCUCCCGCUCUCUUUGCAGUGCUGCUGGAGGAGAGGCGCGCUCACCGCAGCUGGAAACAGCUGCACCCUCUUUCCCACCUCCCCGCCCCGCGCCCCUACCCCGAGUCUGGUUAACCGCUCCCACUUCUCGCCUCUUGGAAUUCUAGAAGUAGGGGUGCCGGCCCCCCCGGAGAACCGCAGCCGGUGCGAUGCAUUUCGUAGACCUCACCCAGCUGGGACGGACCUCCUAAUCUUCAGAACCGCGGGCCACAGGGAGUUAAAUUGCUGCCUUCCUCUUCUCUGUCGCGGUUGGUGGUUCGUUUUCUAAAGGAACGUUUUAUUCACUUUUUACUAUAUAUAUUUUUAAGCCGGGGGCUCUCUUCCAGCCUCGGUCCAGACUCUGCCUUGUAAACGGGUUUCUAUGUAUAUAUGUGUAGGUAUACUUUGGACACCUUACAACGCUUGCGCCUCUCCAACCGGGCCACGACUUGUUAUUUUGGACAUCUUUCCCCCCUUUCCACUUGGUACCCUGAACGCAGUGUGACCAAACUCCCCACUGCCCUUUGGACGUGGAUCGCCUUGGGGUGCAAGUUUGGGGUACAAACGUCUACUUCGCAAGAAGGCCUGGGACCGCCCCGCCCCCGCCGCCAGUGGUUGGGGAAGUUUACAUCCGGAUUUUCACACGUUUUGUUGCCACUGCCCAGACUCUGACUAACCUUGUGGGCUCCAGGUUUUCGAGACUGCAACCUCCUCAAAUAUUAGCACUGCCUCCCCGCGCCUGUCCUAUUCCUCCAGGCCCCCGAGGUCCUGCCCUCAUCCCGGCGGAGCAGGAACCCGAGGGCGCAGUGGAGCCCGGGGCCUCGGGCCCGCGCUGAGCAGCUAUGGCUGCGGCGAUAGCCAGCUCCUUGAUCCGGCAGAAGCGGCAGGCGAGGGAGUCCAACAGCGACCGGGUGUCGGCCUCCAAGCGCCGCUCCAGCCCCAGCAAAGACGGGCGCUCCCUGUGCGAGAGGCACGUCCUCGGGGUGUUCAGCAAAGUGCGCUUCUGCAGCGGCCGCAAGAGGCCAGUGAGGCGGAGACCAGAACCCCAGCUGAAAGGGAUUGUGACAAGGUUAUUCAGCCAGCAGGGAUAUUUCCUGCAGAUGCAUCCAGAUGGUACCAUUGAUGGGACCAAGGACGAAAACAGCGACUACACCCUCUUCAAUCUAAUUCCUGUGGGACUGCGUGUGGUGGCCAUCCAAGGGGUGAAAGCCAGCCUUUAUGUGGCCAUGAAUGGAGAAGGCUAUCUGUACAGCUCAGAUGUUUUUACCCCGGAAUGCAAAUUUAAGGAGUCUGUGUUUGAAAACUACUAUGUGAUCUAUUCCUCAACCCUGUAUCGCCAGCAGGAAUCAGGCCGCGCAUGGUUUCUAGGACUCAAUAAAGAAGGUCAAAUCAUGAAGGGGAACAGAGUGAAGAAAACCAAGCCUUCAUCUCAUUUUGUACCAAAACCUAUUGAAGUGUGUAUGUACAGAGAACCAUCACUACACGAAAUUGGAGAAAAGCAAGGACGCUCGAGGAAAAGUUCGGGAACACCCACCAUGAAUGGCGGCAAAGUCGUGAAUCAAGAUUCUACAUAGCCUAGCCAAGAACUCUUCCCUUCUUCCCUCUCCUCCCUCUCCCUUGUUCUCCCUCCCUUUCCCCAUUUUCUCCAGUAAAUCGACCCAACAAGAGAGAAAAAUAAAAAUAAAACAUCAUCACAGGACUUAGUAGCUGAGAUUCUGCACUCAAAAUCUUCCUUUGUGUAGGACAAGAAAUUUGAACCAAAGCUUGCCUGUUGCAAUGUGGUAGAAAAUUCACAUGCAUAACAAUUAUUGCACAUAAGAGCAAAGGAAAAAAAUAAAUUGGACUCCACAAACAUUAAAUUUAACUGUGUUGUUGUUAAGAGAGGGCUAAUUGUAAUGAAGACAGGCUAUAAUGCAGACAAAACACAGUCAUUGAAUGGAUGUAAAAGGUUUGGAAAGCCACUUAAAAUGUUGUUGAAUUGUAAAUCCUUUUAAGUUUUAGAGCAUUCUGAAAUGUGCAGAUUUGUUUCAAUUUUGUAUUUUCUUUAUACUUCUGUCCAUGAUACACGAUUACAUUCUGUUUCCAGGAUAUUCUUUUAAUCAUAAAAUUGAAAAUGUCAAAAUUAUAUUCUUCUAGUAUCUGUUAGACAUAUAGCCAGGAACCAAUUUGCAUGAAAAAAAGCUUUAAACUUAUUCUUGAUGUUAGUACUAUUUUUUUAUUUAGAAAAUGAAACUCUUAUGUUGAAUUUAAUCAUAUUAGCUGAUUUAAUUACUUUAUAAAGAGUUUCACAAUUCUUUAAGGAGAAUAUUAUAUUUUUAUCUAGGUAUUGAUCUGGAAUUUUAUUAUUUUUUUAGGCAUUAAGUGAAAAGGGUUUUAAUGUAUUCCUGAGGAGACUUAGGGAACUCCCUGGCAUCUGGUGAAGAAGCAUGGGCUUCUUGCAUUUUCCAUCCAGUCUUAAUGUUGGUAUCUUUGAGUGUGUAUGUGAAUGUCUAGCUAUCACAGAAAGUUGAUUUUUUUUUCUAACCAUAUCUUGCAGCUUGAGAGAAGGAAGGUGGGUUUUACAGAAGGAAAUAGGUCUGAGAUAGAGACUCAAAGCAAAAUUUAAUUGCCUUUUUACAUUGCUAGUUUUGUGUGUAGGUUGGUUUUUAAACUCUAGAAGAAAUUAGGAGGAAUGGCUGUGAAAUUUCUACCUUAGCAUCUAUGAAGCCAGUGGCAUGUUGGAUUUACCCACAUUUAUAAGUCUAGUUUGCAAUCAUUCUGUUCUAGAAAACAGAAUGUAAUUUGUUGAACAUGGAAUUUUUAAGGGACAGAGAGAAAACUGUGGAAUUAACAACUUUGGUUUCAAUAGACAGGAUUUUGUCGGUGGGUUUGUGUCGUGAAAAAUUCCACAUAAGAGCAAGCGAGAACACUGUUAGAACUCUGAAGCACUAGAAAACAUUAACAAAGACAUGAAGCUAUACCACAGCAUUGAAAUUACUAGGCCUACUUCGCCCUGGAUAUCAGGAAUGGUGUAGAGAAAUCCAAAUUCAAACAAACCAAACCAGAAUGUUAAAAAGUUUGCAACUUUAUGGAUAUCAUAAUGAGAAGACUUAAGCAUGUAACUUCUCCUAUAUCUCUACUGUCCAGCAUGUAUUAUUCCAACUAUGAUUCCCUAAAAUACAUACUUUGCAGAAGAUCUAAGCCCUCACUUCAAACCUUCCCAUGGUUUGCUGUAUUCUAUUAAGGUCAACAUAAUGUCUCCCCUCUACACAAACCUUGUUCUUUGGUGUGAUUCUUGCCCUAUAAAUUAUCUAUUUAUGUUCUCUGGAGGGUGGCAGAAAACGUACUAGGGGAAUUUUCCCAAAAAGCUUAGAAGAAUAGAAGUAUGCAUAGAGACAAAGCUUUUGGACAGAUUUUAAAUCAGAAUAUAUGUAAAGUAACAGAUACAUUUAAUGUAUAUAUAUAUAUGUAUCCAUAUAUACAUAUAAAUUAUAUGGAGUGUUGCUCUCUUAGGAAAAGUACAACCAUGUAAAGACACACAUCCAGAAGUUGUAUUUGUUGUCACUGUUGAUCCAACUUGAUCAUAAGUACACCUGUCACUUCCAGGACCAAACAAAUCCCAAGCACAAAGCCUUAUUUUCUUUAAAAAAAAUAAAUGAAUAAAUAAAGAGGCUUGAACAAAAUGGAUCAUGGGCUCUUUUAAAGGGAAGUGCCUGGAGUUUUUAAGGUGAUAAGUUUACUCAACCAUAGUGCACUGAGGGUCCACAGGAAGUAUAAGUGGUGGAAAUCACAGUUGCCCAUCUCUCUGAGGAUUUCAUGAUAGGAAUUUAACCUCAUUAUUUAUGAAAAUAUAAUGCUGAUAUUAAUCUCCAAUAAAAUCCCUUCUCUAUUUUCAGUGGUUGUCCAUUGCUCAUCAUUCAGACACAUUUUGCCCCAAUCUAUGAGUAGUUAAAGAGGAGCUUUCUAAGCACUCAAUCUGUCUCUAGAAUGCCCUCCAUAUCAUGGUAAGGAAAUGUAGAUGUGUUUUGGAAAUUAACUUUGUAUCAUUUGCACCUGAUUUCAAGAAAAAAAUCAAAAGCCUCACAUUCUUUUUUAUUUAUAGACCUGAAAAGAAAAAUGUUUAGAACACAAGGUGGGCAUUUGCUCACUUUCUGGUUGCUAUUGAAGUAUAUUGAAAUCAUAAAUAGAACCAAAAUUCAAUGUAUUACAUUUAAAAUAUAUGAAAAAUAUAAGUAUAUAACCAUUCAAUUUCAUUUAAAAAAUAAGAAUAUAGGGGUCAGGUUCAAUGGUUAUUUUUUUUCUUCACUGUGAUAGUCUUUGUUCUGUAGCCUGGCUUCAACUCAUCUAUCACCUGUUGUUUCAUUGUUAUGAGGGUUAUCUUUUUGUUGUUUCUAAAACAAUGCAAAAGCAUAAUCCCAGGAAAGGACUCUAGUAGCUGACUCUAGGAGCCUUUACUAGGUUUUAAGCAAAUGGGCUUGAUAACACAAACAAAACUUCCUCGAGUCUCACAAAACGGUUCUCUGGUCAAUAUUCUUUACUUGAUAUUUUAGCUAGAUGCUUGAGGUCUAGAAACAAAUGGUGCUGCUAGCUUAGAGACCUUGUGCUUCAGGAGACUGAAACACAGUAAGCCAUCUUUUUCAUGAUCAUAGUGAUAGUUUUGGUUUUGAAUUACAUAUAUGAAGUUCAUAAGACACUUUUUUAGCCAUUGUGGAUUGGCACACAGAAUAGACAGUAACAUAAUGUAACUCAUUGUGAACCUCAAUCCAAUCCAGAAACUCUUCUACCUAAAAAAAUGGUGAUGCUGUUGCUCGGUAUUAUUUUCUUCAGUUUGUGAUUCUGUCAUCGCCACAGGGAAAGGCUGAGGGUAGUCAAACAAAAGGAAAGGAUGGAGUGUAGCUUGUGUGUUGUGUACUAAAUGGUCCUUAGGUGCAACCUGGGACCCCAGGUUGCUUAGAGGAGGAUCAUGACUAUUUCAAUGUUGAUUUAUGUUUUAAAACAUAGACCCAGAAUUAGAAAAAAUCCCUCCAUAUACCCUGUGACUCAGAGUACAAGGUUUUGCUUUUAAGAAAGUUUUCCAUGAAGUAGGUUGAUUUCUUCUGCACAAGGUGAGACAGACACGGUCAAACUUAAAAAUUCCCUGCUCAUUUUAAUGCCAUAGAAGGCUGAGGGUAUUACUCUGUCAUAGACUGUAAAUAGCAUUUUUUAAAGCCAGAAUCACAUUUAAAGUUGUGGAUUGUUCUACAAAUAUACAUGUGUAUAUAUACAUAUGCUUCUGAAAUGGGGAUAUACUAUAUAAAGUUUUUAUUUGCUCUGUGGUCUUUCAUUAGGUAGUGAAAAAUAAAGAGAUUUGAAUGCAAAACUUUAUACAUAAAUGUAUAUUUCUAAUGAUAGUAUAAAUUGCCACUUUAUAAUAAAAAAGAAACUGGUGGGAACAAUACUAAAGCACA